UCUCAUUUGAUCCCAAGAAUUUCUCAUUUAGCCCUAUUUACUCAUCCAAAAAAGAAAAGUAGCAGUUGUCCAGUCGUGCCGAGGAAGCUUGAACUGAAAAAAUUGCAGGAGGAGGAGGAGGAAGAAAAAGGGCCAGCCUGUUCAAACUUGGAGAACUAGUAUGAAGGAGGCCGGAGAGUGCUCUGCUUCGAGAUCCUCUCAACCCCAAUUUUGGGCUAAGCUGGUGUCAGUGGAUUCAAGGUACCCGGAUGUUGAAAUUAGUUCAGAUGAGAUGGUUGUGUUCUCGGAGAUUGUGUCAUCUUCUACUGAUAAGCACGAAUGGUGCAAAAUAACGAGGGAUUCUAAUCAGUCUUCUGCCACACUACAGAACAAGAGUUCAAGUACAAUUCUUGUUGGUGGUGAAGUUGUCCAAAGAGAGGACACCGCGGUUGUGAAAUGUGGAAGUGAAAUUGUCCCUGGACCAGCAAGAGAAGGAUAUUUGAUCUAUAAAUUUGAGAUUAUGCCCACUCUGGAGUUCUGUAAUAACCGGUUGAAGAUUUGUAUAGACCUUGAGCACGUGAAGUGCAGCAUUUGCUUAAACGUGUGGCACGACGUUGUUACUGUUGCACCAUGCCUUCAUAACUUUUGUAACGGAUGUUUUUCCGAAUGGUUACGGAGAUGCCAAGAAAGAAAUUCAAGCGUAAUAUGUCCUCAGUGCAGAGCAGUUAUACAAUUUGUUGGUAAAAAUCACUUUCUGCAAAAUAUUGUUGAGGAUAUACUACAAGCCUAUUCUUCUUUGAAGCGUUCCAUGGAAGAAGUUGCUCAUUUAAAUUCAUAUGCAUCAAUUCAAUCAAAUCUGAUGAUUAACAGUGGCAGGAAAAGGACAAGGACAAACUUAAUGCUGGAUGAGGAUACUGAAAGUGCUGAACUUCCAUGCCCACAAUGUGGUUCUGGAUAUGGUGGAUUCCGCUGCAGCCAGAACACUGUCCACCUGCAGUGCCAAAUAUGUGGAGGAAUGAUGCCUUCCAGGGCUGGUAUUAAUGUGCCUCAACACUGUAUGGGAUGUAAUAGAGCAUUUUGUUGUGCUUAUUGGCGUGCUCAAGGCGUUACGAGGACUGACAGUUAUCCUAUCUGCAAUAGUGCUAGUCUCAAACCGGUCAGUGAGAGGUCUAUCUCAAGAAUUCCGCAUCUUGCUCAUGAGAAAAAUCGGCAUGAACAAGAUAUUACAGAGAGGUGCAUUAGACAGAUGGGAAGAACGCUUCAGGAUGUCAUAUCUGAAUGGAUUGGAAGAUUCAACAGACGUGAAAUAGAUCGAACCAGGUUAGGGCUGAAUCAUGCUGACAUGAUCAAUGCCACAACAAACAUUUGCAACGAGUGCUAUGACAAGUUGGUAUCCUUCCUGUUGUACUGGUUUCGGGUUGCUAUGCCUAAGCAUUAUCUGCCAGAAGAUGUGGCUAAGAGGGAGGACUGCUGGUAUGGGUAUGCAUGUCGGACGCAGCACCACAAUGAGGAUCAUGCUUGUAAGCGCAACCAUGUGUGCCGGCCCUCCAGGGGUGCACACUAAUUCCUCCCAUCUUUGCAUUCCCCUUCCCACUUUUUCAUUUUUCUUCCCCCCCUCUCCCCCUCGUUUGUUAUCAGAAGGUACUACGCAGAUGGAUGUUUUGCAUUAUUUCUUGUAAAAGCUCAGUAUGUUUAGUUUUAUACUGUCCAUCAGUUUCCAUCUAAUAAUUGAUGCUGUGGUUAAUAUAUACAUGUGAAUAGAAAUAUGUAUCUAUCUUCAAAUUUCAACUGAAAAUGAAUGGCAAGUAUGUAAGCGUUUGUGUUAA